AUGUCGAACUCUUCACAACUUGACCGUCACCGCGACGUAACGUCGAUCAUCGCAGAUCGGGCGUUUCCGUUGAUGCUGGAAACUUACCUCUACGCCCUUUACACGGUUUUAACCGUGUACUUCCUGUACAGGCGAUGGUUGGAUCGGAAAACUACUUCGCUACCAGUAUUCAUGCUAUUCGUGACAAUAUCCAUGUUCAUCCUCUACUCCGGCUACUGGGCUAUCGAUGUCUAUCUCCUAUGGAUCGAGAUAUAUCGUUAUCUGCCGCAAUUGGGGACCGUGCCGGGUAUCUUCUUUCUUGAUGGGAUAUUGAUCCCAUGGUCCGUGGCGUACUACGUGCAAACCGCCCUUGAGUUCGCUAUGCUGGUGCUCGGGGACACCGUGUCGCUCUGGAGAGCGUACGUCAUAUGGGGUCGACCACGCUGGCUUUUCAUGCUAUUUCUCGGCACUACUGUUAUUGAAAGCAUUGCCUAUGUCCUUGUUCUUGUGGCCCUCUUCGCGCAGAACCUACCACAAUCCCCCCAUGGCUUCAGCUACAGCUUCUUUACGAAGGCGUACAUCCCCCUGUGUCUGGUUUCCAACAUCAUCACGGCCUGCGCACAGCUCUUUGCGACCAUCAUGAUCAUGUACAAAGGAUGGGUCUACUGGAGAGACGUCCGGAAGAUCUCACAGCAAGCUCGACACGGCAUCGCGAUGCUCACCGUCUUCAUCGAAACCAGUGUUGUCUACUUCUUUUUCUUGCUCUGGUUAGGUUUCGUGGGCUUCUUCGCCAACCCGAACACCCUGCUGUAUGCAUGGGUAUUCUAUUACACAACACCCCUGAUAGCCAUGUAUCCUACACUUGUCGUCGUCAUAGCGGCUACCCGCCGCUCCGUUCUCGAGAACAGUGCCGUUUCCGAGCACGUGCCUUCCGGCUUGCACUUUGCUACCAACCCCAGUGCACAACAGAACCGAGGGAGCCAACCCUCCAGGUUUCUGACGUAUACUCAAACGGAGAUCAGGCUCGGGGCAAGCUUGGCCUCUCAGCGUAUCGCAACCCAUAUAAGCGAAGAUCAAGACGAAGGAACAGGGCCCGAGGAUGGCAGGGAUAAAAUUGCCCAGGAUAUGUCACCGUGA